GUACCCAAAGGGUGGGACAAACUUUCUGUAUCUCUUGUUUCCACAGAAACAGGAAAAACUCUAAGCAAAUCAGGUAAAGGAUCAGUGCAGAAUGGAAGUUGUCGAUGGACAGAGACUUUAUCAGAUUCUAUACGAAUCUCCCAUAAUGAUGCUUCAAGAGAUCUGGGGGAAUGCCUCUUUAAGCUUCUUGUUGCCAUGGUAUGA